GUAGCACGCGGCCACGAGUCACUCACAGUCCUUGAAAUCGCAUGGCAAGUACAGCACGCGCUAACGCGCAGUAUUUAAAAAUCGAACCACAUUUUUUUGUUUAUGUUUAUAAGUUGAUGUGAAAGAGUUUUUGUGUUUGGAACGAAAGUGAAAAAAAAAAAAGAAUGGCUACACAAGAAAAAUCUCUAGAAAAGGCCGAUAAGGACGAAAAUGGUUUGACGAGUAAACACGGAAGUGAAGUCAAGUUGAAACGGGAAUUAGGAUUAUUUUCAGCUGUUAACCUGAUACUCGGAGUUAUGAUAGGAUCUGGCAUAUUCGUAUCUCCGUCAUCCGCAUUACAGUAUUCGGGAUCUGUUGCUGUGUGUCUGAUAAUAUGGACCGUAUCUGGCGUUAUAUCAUUAUUAGGUGCACUUUCAUUUGCGGAGCUAGGAACAGUUUUAGGCGAGUCUGGUGCAGAAUAUGCGUAUUUUCGAGAAGCUUUUGGUAAAAUGCACAAAUUCUGGGGACCACUACCUUCCUUCAUAUGUGCAUGGAUUUAUGUCGUUAUUUUGCGACCUGCUGAAGUAGCUAUCAUUGUUAUGACAUUUGCUGAAUACGCGAUACAGCCUUUUACCAGAGAACUUGAAACAGAUUAUAAAAUGAUGGCUAUUAAACUGGGGUCUUUAUCGGCUCUUUUUAUUAUGACAUAUAUAAACAUAACAAGUGUAAAGCUGUUUGUGAGAGUACAAAACAUAUUUGGUGUGUGCAAAAUAUUUGCGUGCCUCGUUGUUAUUGGAGGAGGGAUAUAUGUAAUAGCAAAGGGAAACACUGACCAUUUGGAAAAAGGAUUUGAAGGCAGCAAAAUAAGCGCGGGUGGUUUGUCGCUCGCGUUAUAUUCAGGUCUAUGGGCAUAUGAUGGAUGGAGCAGUGUUACAGUUGUUACUGAGGAAAUCAUCAAUCCUGCAGUAAACGUGCCUCUCAGCAUAUCAAUAGCGGUGCCCCUCAUAACCGCACUGUACGUGUUCAUGAACGUCGCGUACAUGUCGGUGCUGAGUUUUGACGAGAUGACGUCAGUGCCGGCGGUAGCUGUCACGUUCGGUGACAGGGUGCUCGGUCCCGCCAGUUUCUUGAUACCGCUCGGUGUUGCCAUCGCAACGUUUGGCUGUGCGAUGAGCGUGCAGUUUGGUGUUACCAGAGUAUGUUAUACUGCCGCGCGUGGAGGUCACAUGCUUGAAGUGUUCUCAUUUGUUAAUGUAAAGAGACUUACGCCAGCGCCAGCUGUAGCUUUACAGGCGCUAAUAACAUCUGUAUUUAUCAUCGUUGGCAACAUUUCAACGCUCAUAGAGUUCGCCAGUUGGUUCCUCUGGUUCUUCUAUGGCCUGGCGAUGGUCGCUCUGCUAGUGUUAAGAAGAACUCAAGCUGAUAAGCCGCGACCAUACCGAGUGCCGACACCAGUGCCUUGUUUUGUGUUGCUAAUAGCAAUAUUCCUUUCAGUGUUGCCAAUAGUUCAUGACCCAUCGAUAAAAUAUUUAAUGGCAAUCGGAUUUAUUGUUUUGGGCGUUGGGGUGUACACACUGUUUGUGUAUUAUAAGAAAACUCCCACCUAUUUAUUACGAAAAUUUACAUUCCUGGUUCAAGUGCUCUUCGAAAGUGUGCCGCCUAGCAAUCGUGAAGACUGAUUUUGUUAUAGAAAUCAAUUUUAUUAUGAUGUACAUAUUGUAAUGUGAUAAACAAAUAUUUUAAUGGAACAAAAUAAAAUAUAUCUUUUUAAC